AUGUCUCCUGUCCAACUUGUGAAGUCUUCUUACGGCAAAGCUAAUGUGAAGUUUCUUAAAGUAAAGAAGGACCCUCAAAACAAAAAGAAGCAAGAAGUGAUCGAAGCCAAUGUCAUGGUGUUGUUGCGUGGGGAAUUUGAAGAAUCCUACACUAAGGCUGACAAUGCCUCGGUAGUGCCUACUGACACUGUCAAGAACACUAUUCUUGUGGAAGCGAAAACUACCGACGUCUGGCCCUUGGAAAGAUUUGCUGCUCAUUUGGCUAAGCACUUCACUACCAAGUACAACCACGUUUCGGGUGUUGAAGUGACUAUUGUCCAACAAAGAUGGUCAAAGUACCCCUUGUCCAACGGUAAAGUUCAUGACCAUUCUUUCAAGCACGAAGGUCCUGAAACUAAGAGAAUCUACUUGGACUACGACAAGAAGUCAGGGGCGUUGAAACUCACUGCGGGGAUCAAAGAUUUGACCGUACUUAAGUCGACGGGUUCGAUGUUUUACGGUUACCAUGAAUGUGACUACACCACGUUGAAGCCUACCACCGACAGAAUCUUGUCGACCGAUGUUGACGCCGUGUGGGAGUUUGACCCUAAGGCGUUGCCGAACUUGGAGUCGGUGUUUGCCGCUGCUGACAGAGGUCUCUUUGACAAAGCCUACAAUGCCGCUCGCGACACCACCUUGGAAUUGUUUGCCUUGGAGAACUCGCCUUCAGUGCAAGCUACCAUGUACAACAUGUCGCAAUUGAUCUUGGAACAGGUUCCUGAAAUCAAGGAGGUCUCGUACGCUUUGCCCAACAAGCACUACGUGUUGUUCGACUUGUCGUGGAAGGGCAUCGAGAACAAUGACGACUUGUUUUACCCUCUGUCGGACCCCAACGGGUACAUCAAGUCCACCGUUGGCAGAAAGGCUAACGCCAAAUUCUGA